AUGGUCUCCUCCCAAGACAAACACUACUCCUCCGCCUCAGAUGACGACGUCGCUUCCCUCCCAUCCGAAUCUACCUCCGCUUCGGACCUCGACUCCCUCGACUCGGACUACUCGGACGCCGAAGAAGAAUGGCGCGAAAGCAUCGAGCAAUUAGAGUUGUUGUUGACGAUGGUGCUGGUGCCUUUUGUGGGGAAGUACUUGGGUAGGAAGUGUGCUUAUUGGAGCUGGACCAGAUUCAUGGAAUGGAAGUACCCGGUUGAAGUCGUGGUUACCAAACCUGGAGUGUUCAAGGGGACGGGAGCUGUGGAGGCAAUGGCUCCGAUAUAA